GAGCCCCUCCCCUCGCACAGAGGCCAUAGAGACGGGGCCUCCGGGCGUACAGAGCGGCCGCCGGCCUGCGGGCAGAAGCAGGGGGAGAGACCAUAGAGAGGCGGAAGGGCGGGCAGAGCGUCGCCGCCCGGUAGCAGCCCGCCCUCGCCAUGGCCUCCCGCGGGGGUCCCCGCGCCACCGGCACCGACGGCAGCGACUUCCAGCACCGGGAGCGCGUGGCCUCGCACUACCAGAUGAGCGUGGCCCUCAAGUCGGAGAUCAAGCGGCUGAUCUACGUGCACGUGGGGCUGUGGCUGCUGCUGCUGGCGCAGAUGUGCGUGGGGCACCUCAAGCUGCUGCCCCACGACCGGGUGGCCAUGCCGUACCAGUGGGAGUACCCGUACCUGCUCAGCAUCCUGCCCUCCCUCCUGGGCCUCCUCUCCUUCCCCCGCAACAACAUCAGCUACCUGGUGCUGUCCAUGAUCAGCACCGGGCUCUUCUCGGUGGCUCCCCUCAUCUACGGGGCCAUGGAGAUGUUCCCCAUGGCGCAGCAGCUGUACCGGCACGGCAAGGCUUACCGCUUCAUCUUCGGCUUCUCCGCCGUCUCCGUCAUGUACCUGGUGGUGGUGGUGGCGGCCCAGGUGCACGGCUGGCAGCUCUACUACAGCAAGAGGCUGCUGGACUCGUGGUUCACCAGCACGCAGGAGAAGAAGAAGAAGUGAGCGGGGACGAGCGGACGCCCGCACCGCUCCCUGCCCCGCGGCUGGAGCGUUUCGGGGGCUCCGUGUCCGCCUCCCGCCGGCCUGGGGUGCCGCAGCGUGAACCCCACGGGUGGGGGCCCCUCGGCCACCCCCCGGGACCACCGUAUGUGACCGAGCCGCAGCUGUGGGCUCACCUCCAGGGCACGGGGGCCCCGGUGCUGGCACGACCCCCGCGGGCGCGGCUGCCCCUUUCCCCCCGCGUGUCCCGGUACGGAAAUAAAGCCCCCCCCCGUUGUCGCCA